CCCCCGGGGCUUUGCACUGCUGCCGUUGGGGGGUGCUGCCGUGGUGCGGGCUCACGCAGCACCGGGCGCGGUGCAUUUCCCCUGCUUGGGUUGGUAAAAACCUCCACUCUGCAAAAUGAGUGGGAACGAGAGAAACCCGUGGGCGCCAGCAAGCAGAGAAACAAACGAAACCGAUCAACGGCCGUCGGAAGCUCCGCGAGCCGUCCUGCCCUUUCCUCCCUCCGCUGCCCCCCGUGCAGCCGUUGCCAGGACGCGCCAUGGCGGAGCAGGAGCUGGCCGCGCUGCCCCUGCCGCAGCUCCGGGACCGCCUAGAGCAGAAGCGCCAUGCCAACGACUUGCUGAAAGCCAAGGUGGAGUUGUUUCAGAACCAGUACCACAAGAUGCAGCUGAGCAGCGUGGACCUCCCACAGCACAGCUCCCCAGCAGAGCUGGUACCCAUACUGACACGUGGCAGGUCCAGAUCCAGGCUGCGCAGUUCAUCGGCCUACUUUGGAGCCCUGACAGUGGAGCAGAAAUGUGAGCUGGCUGAGCGGGAGCUGCUGGACGUGAAAAGUGACAUUCAGAAGAUGGAGGAGGAUUCGGAGGAGACCUUGCAUGACCUCGAGGCAGUCAUACAAGAAGCAGAUGCUUGGUGGGCUGAUGUUAAGAAAGUUGUCAACGACUUUGAGGAAGACAUUGUCAAAACCAUCUCCAAUGAGAAAGGGAGCAUCACAGCUUCUGAGAAGCUGUUGAGAUACCUGGAGGAGAAGAACCACCAGAGGGAUCUGAUGAGACAGAAGCUGCGCUUAGAAAGCAAUUUUCUCAGGAGCUACAAGAAGAAGCUGCAGCAGCAGCUCAGGCAGAAGGAGCAGGUGGGAGACAUGUUCCAUGAAGUCCAUGCAGAGCUGCUGCAGGUUAAGAAAGCACAGUAUGAGGAGGAGAUUGAUGAGAAGAACAAGGAGCUGCAGCAGCUAAAGCUGGCCUUAGAGAAGAUCCAGAUCCUCAACUUCUGGAAGAAAAAGCUGCACAAUGCCAUGGAAACAUCUGCAGUUCUGAUGAAAGACAUCUCCCAGAGGAAAGAGAUGCUGGAGAAGAUCAAAAGAAAUACUACUCUUGUGAAGGAGCAACAAGCCAAAGAGGAGAGACUCAUUGGGUGGCUGCAGAAGCAGCUGUCAGACUACAGCACCCCUCCUGUGAUGAAUUACGUGCAGACAGUGAUUGCUGUUGCUGACCUGGAAAAGAGUAUCAAGGCUUGGGAGAGGAAGGUGGCAAUUGCUGAGAUGACCUUCCAAAGCCACCACAGAGCAUGGAACCAAGUCAAGAUGUCUGGUAACCUGCACCUGCCUUGUGUGAUGCUUCAGGGCAAGCAGUGGAAGCUGCAGGGGGAGCCGGCCUUGUGGGGAAAAGUGCUAUCAAAUGGUGGAACAUCCCGCCUCCAUCCCUCCCUCGAGAAGAGCCAAGGUUCAGCUUAGUGGGACCAGAGUGCUAUUUCUGAAGAGCCUAUUCCCAGCAGCACAAACUACAUGCCUACAGAAAGUUUGAAGCUUUUAAUUUAAUAAAGUCAUUUUAUGUCUGCCUGCAUCCCGA